GAAUGUAAAAAAAAACUGUUUGUACCAUUUUCUGUUUUCUUCCAGGUAUAAGGUUGCAAUCACCAAGCACAAGGACUCAGAACAAACCAGCAGUAGUCUUUACAGUCAAAAUGAUGUUUGGAGUCCGGCUGUUGACUUCAGCAAGUAUAUUGAAGACAAUGAAAGUAUUGAAGACCAAGAUCUUGUUGCUUGGGUGACCACAGGAUUCCUUCAUAUCCCUCAUGCUGAAGACAUCCCCAACACUGUUACUGUGGGUAAUGGUGGUGGAGUCAUACUACGACCACAUAACUACUUUGAUGAGGACCCAUCCAUCAGUUCUACAGAUUCAGUAUACUUUAGCCCUGGGACUGAAGACAGCUGUGAGAGCAACAGGAUGGCGUGCUUGGCUCAUGAGACUUGUAGCCCCACCCUGGAGACCUUCACCUACCAUGGCUUUGAUGGAGUCAUGAAGUUUCAUGACUGAAAGUCAUUUAUUAUUUGCUGCUGUUAAAUAGGAUUACAGCCAUGAUAUUCCAGGAGAUCUUACUGUGCUGUGUAUAGGAGUAAUUGGGUGGUUACAAAUUAAAUAAUUCAAUUGAUUAUAUUUUUUUUAAUUUAGUUCUAUAUAACCAUCUGCAGUAUCCCUCUGCAACAUAGACUUUAAAAUCAAAUUUUGAUGGAAUUCGGAACUAGAAUUCCAUCUAAUGAAAUCUAGGGUAGACAGCGUUUUACUGCAACCUGUUUUUGUGUUCUUUGUCUUAUUUUUGUAAUUAUGCAUGUCACCAUUAACACAUAGUUGCCAGGGCACAUAAUUUCUAAAAAACAAACACUUUUUUCUUUUUUUUUAUAAUGCACUGAAAAGCCAUUAAACCAUUUAUAGCACUACUUUAAAUUUAUUCUAGACAUUUGUUCUGCACCCGCCCAGUCAUAUCUGGCCUGUGUUACUUUCAGUUAGAAAAUAAACUACUGGUUUAUUUUAUAAGAGAUAGAUGUGUUGCAUUGUGGUUUUUAUGGUGCAAAAGGUUUUAAAGCCUUUUUUAUCAGUG